AUGUCCGUACGCACGUUUUUUGUUGUGUGUAUCUCCAUAGCCCUGCCUACACCUACACUGAGUGUGCAGCCAGAGACUUCUGUGUUCACUGGAGAGAAAGUCACUCUGAGGUGUGAGAUUCUGCCUGAGGAUGUCUGGAAGUACAAGUGGUAUAAAGACUGGGACAGAAAUCUACUUUCUCAGGGGGACACCAACACAUACACCAUCACUGCAGCUGCUGAGUCUCAUAAGGGCCAGUACUGGUGCCAGGGGGAGAGGACAGACAGACCAACCACGACACAAUUAAGCACGCAAUUAAGUAUUGAUGUUAAAGCUCUGCCCAAACCUAAACUAACUGUAGAGCCUCAGAGUCCUCUGUAUGAUGGAGAGACAGUCACUCUGAAGUGUGAAGUAGAGUCUGGCAGGAGCUGGAAGUAUGUGUGGAAUAUAGGCGGGUCUGAUGAGAAAUGGUAUGAG